AAAACCUUUUCUCUCCCGUCCCGUACUCCGCCACCACAAAACGACCACCACACUCUUCGCCGCCGCCGCCGCCGCCGUCCGACGAUGUGGCGUUCGCGAGCUCGCACUCUUCUCCUCCACCACUCGUCCAUCCCCAGCUUGCCGCCGCAACCAAAUCCACUUCGAACCUUGAUCCGAGCCCCAGCCCCACGCCUUCUGUCCCGUUUCCUCUCCUCCUCCGCGGAGGCCACCCGGGUUCCGGAUGCCUCCCCGUCUUCAUCCUCAGUCAGAGCCGUAUCCACAUCUGCUCCCGCUGGGGCACCGCCGGCGUUCACCGGCAACCUGAAGAAAGCACUUGCUGGUUUGAGAAGAAUCAAUUUGGAGGGGUUGCGUUGGCGUGUUUUUGAUGCAAAGGGCCAGGUGCUUGGACGGUUGGCAUCCCAAAUAGCUGUUGUGCUUCAGGGCAAGGACAAGCCAACGUAUGCACCACAUGUGGAAAACGGAGACAUGUGCAUUGUCCUUAAUGCAAAGGAUAUCAGUGUUACAGGAAGAAAAAUGACUGAUAAAAUUUACUACUGGCACACAGGGUAUAUUGGCCACCUGAAGGAAAGAAGACUCAAGGACCAGAUGGCAAAGGACCCAACAGAAGUGAUUCGCAAAGCUGUCAUGCGCAUGCUUCCCCGCAAUCGAUUGCGUGAUGAUAGAGAUCGCAAGCUGAGGAUAUUUUCUGAAGGCGAGCAUCCAUUCCACGACCGGCCUCUGGAACCUUUCGUCAUGCCACCACGCCAAGUACGCGAGAUGCGUCCCCGGGCAAGGCGCGCGCUGAUAAGGGCGCAGAAGAAAGAACAGGACAGAGAAGCAAAGGCACAAAUGAAAGCUGAGGGGGAAGCUAAGAAUGCCAAAGCUGAGGUCACUGCAUAGCCACAAACUAAAGAUUUGUGUGGACUUUGUUACUGCGAAUCCACCUGAUGCAUUUUCUGAACUGUCUGUGUAUCUUUUAUUUCUUUGACGUGUAGCCUGUCGAGCUGAGUAGGCGGAAGACCUACUUUCCAAAUUGCCGAGAGGCUUGUUGAGUUCAAUAGGCGCUAGAUGCUGGGGGGCGCCAACAGCGCGCCUCUUUCCAAAUUAACAACUUGGCAUGAUUUGGUGAUGCUUUAAUGUACAAGCACAUAAAACGGAACUAUUCUUCAUAUCUCGAGAUGCAAACGAUUAGGAUCACCGUAAUGUGAAAAUAUCAAUUACAAUGACUGGAUUGAUAA